UUGUACGAGUUCUCUUAUAGGUCCUUGUUAGAGCUAGCUGAUAUGGAGAUUGAAAAGCUUGAUGUGGAAGCUUCUAUGGAGGAGAGUGGUGGAGUAGAGUCCUCUAGUGGAAAAGAGGCUCUAUUAUUAGCUUCAGACCUUUCUGAUAAUCUUGAUCUUGAUGAAGAUGAAAAGGAGAAAAACCAAGAAGAAGAGAGAAGCAAAGCUGAGUCUUCAACGAAGAAAAAGAAGAAGAAAAGUAAAAACAAGAAGAAGAAGAAGAAGAGUUCUCUUCAACAGACUGAUCCACCUUCAAUUCCUGUUAUUGAUCUCUUCCCUUCUGGAGAAUUCCCUGAAGGUGAAAUCCAAGAGUACAAGGAUGAUAAUUUGUGGAGAAUGACAUCUGAAGAGAAGAGAGAGAUGGAGAGGCUACAAAAGCCUAUAUACAACUCUCUGCGCCAAGCAGCAGAGGUUCAUCGUCAAGUUAGGAAGUAUAUGAGAAGCAUAAUGAAGCCUGGAAUGUUGAUGAUUGAUAUCUGUGAGACCUUAGAGAACACUGUUCGUAAGUUAAUAUCAGAGAAUGGUCUUCAAGCUGGUAUCGCCUUCCCUACAGGAUGUUCUCUUAAUAACGUUGCUGCUCAUUGGACACCAAAUUCUGGAGAUAAGACUGUUCUUCAGUAUGAUGAUGUGAUGAAGCUAGAUUUUGGAACACAUAUUGAUGGGUACAUUGUUGAUUCUGCUUUUACAGUUGCAUUCAAUCCUAUGUAUGAUCCUCUUUUAGCAGCCUCCCGUGAAGCAACAUACACCGGUAUCAAGGAAGCUGGGGUUGAUGUCCGACUUUGUGAUGUUGGUGCUGCAAUUCAGGAGGUCAUGGAGUCUUAUGAGGUAGAGAUCAAUGGAAAAGUCUACCAAGUGAAAAGUCUCAGAAACCUGAAUGGGCACAGCAUUGGGCGCUAUCAGAUACAUGCUGAAAAAUUUGUUCCUAACGUCAAAGGAGGUGAGCAGACAAAGAUGGAAGAGGGUGAACUAUAUGCCAUUGAAACUUUUGGAUCAACCGGGAAAGGAUAUGUGAGAGAUGACUUAGAAUGUAGCCAUUACAUGAAAAACUUCGAUGUGGGUCAUGUCCCUCUGAGGUUACCAAGAGCUAAACAACUCCUUGCAACCAUUAACAAGAACUUCUCCACUCUAGCCUUCUGCAGACGCUAUUUGGACCGUCUUGGUGAAACUAAAUACUUAAUGGCUUUAAAGAAUCUGUGUGAUUCUGGCAUCAUUGAGCCAUACCCUCCAUUGUGCGAUGUGAAAGGAAGCUAUAUUUCUCAGUUUGAGCAUACUAUCUUGCUGCGCCCAACUUGCAAAGAGGUUAUUUCCAAAGGAGACGAUUACUGAAAGUGGAGGCAAAUGUUUUGUUGUUUACUUGUAUUGUUCUUCACUAGUUUGUGUAAUAUUAUGGUUUCUUCCCUUUUAUAACAAGUUUGCCAGGUUUCUUUGGCUAGAAACACAGAACUUGAACCAUUGAAAGAAGCUCAACUUCCUCAAGUUUCUUAAAUCUGCUCAACUAUCUAUCAUUUGAAUCGA